CGGCGGCGGCGGCGGCGGGGGCUGCGGCCGGGUGACAGCAGCGGCGGUGCCAGGCUGGCUUGGUAGCGGAAGGGUCACGCGGCCCGCACAACAAACGCACACCGGGCCGAAAGAAGGCGCGACGCGAGGAAGGCCGAGGCGGGCCGCGCGGGAGACCGCGGGCGCCGAGUGACAGGCCGGCGUGAGGGAGCGCGCAGGUUGCAGCCGCCGGCGGCCCCGACCCGCCGGUCCCCUCGGCCGUCGCCGGCAUGAGCCACAUCCAUAUCCCGCCGGGGCUCACGGAGCUGCUACAGGGCUACACCGUGGAGGUGCUGCGGCAGCAGCCGCCCGACCUCGUCGACUUCGCGGUGGAGUACUUCACACGCCUGCGCGAGGCCCGCGCCCUGGAUACAGACUCGUUCAUCGCCACCCCGACGACCUUUCACGUGCAGGAGUCCUGCUCGGUCGCCGUCGUCGAGGAGGACGAGGAGAGCGACUCCGACUCGGACGAACUGGACCUGGAAGUUCCGGCUCCUACCAGAUUUACUAGACGAGUAUCAGUCUGUGCGGAAACCUUUAACCCUGAUGAAGAAGAGGAAGAUAAUGAUCCAAGGGUAGUGCAUCCCAAAACUGAUGAGCAGAGAUGCAGGCUUCAGGAAGCUUGCAAAGAUAUUCUUCUUUUCAAAAACCUUGAUCAGGAGCAGCUUUCUCAAGUUCUCGAUGCCAUGUUUGAAAAGAUAGUCAAACCUGACGAGCAUGUCAUUGACCAAGGAGAUGAUGGAGACAACUUUUAUGUCAUAGAACGGGGAACCUAUGACAUUUUAGUAACAAAAGAUAAUCAAACACGUUCUGUUGGUCAGUAUGACAACCGUGGCAGUUUUGGAGAACUAGCUCUGAUGUACAAUACCCCAAGAGCUGCUACCAUUGUUGCCACCUCAGAAGGCUCCCUUUGGGGAUUGGACCGGGUGACUUUUAGAAGAAUCAUCGUGAAAAACAAUGCAAAAAAGAGGAAGAUGUUUGAAUCAUUUAUUGAGUCUGUGCCACUCUUUAAAUCACUAGAGAUGUCAGAACGAAUGAAGAUUGUGGAUGUGAUCGGAGAAAAGAUCUAUAAAGAUGGAGAGCGAAUAAUUACUCAGGGUGAAAAGGCUGACAGCUUUUAUAUUAUAGAGUCUGGAGAAGUGAGCAUCUUGAUUAAAAGCAAGACUAAAGCAAACAAGAAUGAUGGGAACCAGGAGGUUGAGAUUGCCCACUGCCAUAAGGGGCAGUACUUCGGAGAGCUUGCCCUGGUCACCAACAAACCCAGAGCUGCUUCUGCUUAUGCGGUUGGAGAUGUCAAAUGCUUAGUUAUGGAUGUUCAAGCGUUUGAGAGGCUCCUGGGACCCUGCAUGGACAUCAUGAAGAGGAACAUCUCUCAUUAUGAAGAGCAGCUGGUGAAGAUGUUUGGCUCCAACUUGGAUCUGCUGGACCCAGGGCAGUAGAUGUGAUGAAUCUCGGAGCCUUCUCAGUGUGACAUCAAAACCUUCCAGUCAGCCACAGAACACACACAGAAAACAGACACAACAGAAUCGUUCCUGCUGUUGUCACCGCCGCUGCCAUUGCUGUGGUUAAGGGCAUUUAGAAAUCUUGAAAGUCAGCACUGAAAGAUGGACAGAGGCUCCACCCACACCCACACCUCCACUUUGCUUCUGAACGCCCGUCAUUAGACCACUUAUGUAACGAUUACUCCAACCAGUUUUCACAUCUUUA